AUGGAGCUGGAGAGGCAGUGGUGGCAAGGACAGCUGACCGCUGAUAUGCACCAAGCGCUUCGCUACAAGGAGCUGAAGUUGCCUUCCUACAAGGGACAGUCCCCUCAGCUAAGUCUCAGAAGGUAUUUUGCGGACAUGAUUGCCAUUGUGAGUCAUCACUUCACUCUCUGUCCUUCUGCCAGACAUCUCGCUGUCUAUUUGCUAGACCUAGUUAUGGAUCGCUUUGACAUCUCUUUCCAGCAGCUGCAUUUAGUAGCGCUUACCUGUCUGCUUUUAGCAAGUAAAUUUGAAGAAAAAGAAGUCAGUGUGCCUAAGCUGGAGCAACUCAACAGCUUGGGCUUUAUGACUAGGAUGAACCUAAUAUUAACAAAACAGUACUUGCUACAUAUGGAACUAUUUUUAUUAGAAACCUUUCAGUGGAACCUCUGCCUUCCAACAGCUGCCCAUUUCAUUGAGUAUUAUCUGUGUGAAUCAGUACAUGUAACAGACCUUCAUGAUGGCUGGCCAAUGAUUUGCUCAGAAAAAAUGAAACUCUUCAUGGCCAAAUAUGUGGAUUACUUCCUACAAGUGUCCCUGCAAGAUUAUGCCUUUCUAAAUUAUGCACCUUCUUUAAUAGCUGCUGCAUGUGUGGCUUCUUCAAGGAUUAUACUUCGUCUUUCUCCAACGUGGCCUACAAGACUACUUCAUCUUACUGCUUACUCUUGGGAUUUCCUAGCUCAGUGUGUUGAAUGGCUGUUGAUUGCUCAUAAUAAUAAUGUGAAAGAAGCAAACAAAGAGAUCGGGCAAGCAGGACCUCAAUUAGCACAACCAAGUGUGUACCAGACACCCUCCCAGUCCUCCAUGCCAGUUUACUUUCAGCAACCUCAGUAUCUCCAUCAGAUUCAUCAGCCUUCACUGCAGUAUCACUAUCCUGUGUCAGAACAGCCAAGCUAUCAGCAGUUUGUAUCUACCGUACACCCCUCAGCUUACACAUUACAGACAUGCCCUGAUGGCUUCCAAACUAGUAUUCAGAGCCUUGGGCACGUGCAGACUGGUAUUGGGAUGUCACUAGCAAUGCCAGUAGAAGUUAAUCCCUACCUGAAUGUUUCUCAUAACCCGAGUUACCAAAUAAAUGAACAUUAUCCUUGCAUUGCUCCAUGCUUUGAAAGAUGAAGGUAAUACCUGUUUGAAGGUGGUAAUA